UCCAUUCGUAGAUCAUUUUUAAAGUAGUCGUCUUAUUCGUCUUCUUCUUUUUCUUUAGUGGCAAUUUACUGGACCUAAUAACUAGGUUUAUGACGUUUGUGAAAUGUCACUUCGAAUUAUUAAUCAGUGUGUGCCGUGCAGCCGUACUCACGUAGUGUUCUGCAUAGAGUAGCAUUUAUGGUUUAUUGUUGUUGCUAUUAUUGGUAUUGGUGAUUUAUUAGCUCACGAACAGUAUUAGGACUUAUUAUAUUGAAGAAUUUCAUAUAGAUCGAUUUGGGAAUAGUGUGCAAUCUAGAUGACAAGAAAAGCUCUUUUAAUUAAUAUUAAAUACUUUGUUUUUGCUUAGAAAGGAAUUAUUAUUUACCUCUGUGUUGAAUCUCCUUCGAAAUUAUUAAUCAUCUAAGAUGAUGCCUGCAAGAAUUGGACAUCUUCCUAUUGCUGCUGAAAAUCCUCUGGGUCUGUCAUGGCAUGAUUCAGCGUGGAUUCCAUCACUUAAUCCGUCUAAUAUAAUGGAUUAUUUUUCUGAAAGAUCUAACCCCUUUUUUGACCGGACAUGUAACAAUGAAGUGGUGAAAAUGCAACGUCUGAGCAUGGAUCAACUACAAAACAUGACAGGCUUAGAAUAUAUUUUACUGCAUGUUCAAGAACCCAUUUUGUAUGUCAUUCGAAAGCAACAUAGACACAGUCCUUUGCAGACAAUACCUUUGGCAGAUUAUUAUAUUAUCGCUGGCAUUGUUUAUCAAGCACCAGACCUUGCUAGUGUUUUAAAUUCAAGAUUGUUGUCUGCUGUUCAUCAUUUACAAUGUUCAUUUGAGGAAACAAUGUCUUAUUCCAAGUAUCAUCCCAGUAAAGGAUAUUGGUGGGAUUUCAAAGCUAACAAACCAGGAAUAAGUCCAUUUAAUGCUGGGCAGUCUGCUCCCAAGGAAGUGUCAAGUACCCCAAAGGAAGAACCUUCCACAUUGUUUCAAAGACAAAGAGUAGACAUGCUUCUAGCUGAAUUAGUCAGGCAGUUUCCUCUCCCUAUCAUUCCUGCAGCAUCUACUCAGACAAAUGGUGUUUCGGUAAAAACUGAAAACACAAAUGAUAAAGGUGAUAAAUCAAGUGAUGGGGCUAAUUUAAAUAAUAUUACGAUAAAACAAGAACCAAUGGACUCAAUGCAUUCAGAAAUGACAAAUGGGAGUUUGCAAGGACAUCUGGAAAUAAAACAAGAGAUCAAGCAAGAAAACAUGAAACCACCUCCAGAGAAAAAGCCAAGGAGUUUGGUCUAACAUCUGUUAUUAAUAUUAGAUUAUAUUUUAUAAGACUAAAAUAAGAAAAUACAAAUUGUUUUUUGUUUGCAAAUUGAUUAAGUACAGAUGCAGCUAGGAUGCAGCAUGAAAGUGUAGUUAUAAUUUAAAAUUUAUUAAAUGUAUAAAAAAAUUA